CCCCCCCCCUUGAUAUGAUCUUCCCGAUGCCUUCCCCUUCUCCUUCGUCUCCGGAUUCGAAUUUCCGUCUCAACCAGCAUUCGGCAUGGAGUCAGACCUCAGACACGCGUUUUUAUCCAACUCGAUCCCAACCAUUGCAGUUGACCUCCCUUCCACGGUCCUCGCUACUCUGAGCGCAGAUACGAAUUGGAUUCAUAAUACGGAAAACUGGAAGAAUCUUGUCAAUGAACAUCCUAUAUUGUCCGGGAGUGGUGGAGGUGGAAAUGUGAGUGGUGGUGGAAGUGGUGGAAGUGGAGGUGGAGGCGUGGGAGGAAGUUUGAGGGAGGUGGUAGGGAAGAAGAAAGGGGAGGGAUGUAAGUGGGUUGUGUUGUUUGGCGUUAGGGAUGAUAGGCCUUUUUUGGUUAGGCUGUGAUGCAUGAUGCAUCCAUGUGGAAGAACUGUGUGUUGGGUUUAAUCGGAGGGACGCAAACGAAUAAGGAUGCGUCGGGCGGCAUCGCUACGAGGGGAGGUUAUCUUUACGUACGUGCUAUCAUUAAGAUUCUCUUGGAACCAAUAUCAGCUUCGAUAGCUAAGCUAGAUCAAUCAAUCAGCGUUACAGUGUGUGCAAGUACAUGCGCCUCGUGCCCCCGGUGCCUCUCACGUACAGUACCACGCGUACGGGAACGUCAAGAGAAGAAUCG